AUCUUUCCUUAAGUUAGUUCUGUUUACCAAAGUAGAAGUUUUUACCAAAGGUCUAUAAAAACAAUUUAAAUUCCAAAACAAAAUAUUGACAUCAAAAUGUCAUUAUUAUCUAAACAAUUAGUUCAUUGUAAAUAGUGUAACUUUAAAAAAAAAUGAAAUCGUAAUUUUAUUUGAAGUUUAUUGCAAAAACCAUACUAUUUUAAAAAAAUAGUUGGUCUAAAACAUAUUCAGAAUGGCUGAGAAAUGUUGUGUACCGGGUUGUAAAACAAAAAAAAGUGAGAAAGUUACAUUUUUUCCAGUGCCUGUUAAUUCUAUAAUGCGAAAAGCAUGGGAAAAUCGUAUUUCUGGCAAAAAAUUAGCAGAUUCCGAUCAUGUUUGUGCUAAGCACUUCCUCAUGAAAGAUGUUUUUGUUAAACAGGGUGGUACACCAAAACUUAAAGUUACUGCUACUCCAAUUAUUCCAAAAGUUGAAAAUAAAGAAGAUGUAUCAACUUCAACAAAUCAUAGGAAAAUAAAAGUACGAAAAUUUGCACAAGAAAUUCCUACCCCUACAAUAGUAAAAAAAGAAAAGCCAAAAGAACAACAACAGUAUCCUUUAAUAGAUAUACAAAAACAAGAUGAUCAAUCGGUCACAAAAUCAAAAAAAUCCAAGAAAAAAAAGAAUCCAAAAAAAGGUUGCACAGUAGUUGAUCCAUUAGAUAUAAAGAAUGAACCCAAUCAAGAUUUGAUUAACCCUUUAAGUGGCUGUGUGGCUUACAAUGACUCAACUCAAAUAUUUUCUUACAGUGAUAUGGACACAAAUGACGUGAAACCAAAAGAUAGAUUAGCAAUAUUAGAAGCAGAAAAUUUACAAUUAAAAACAAAAUAUUCACAAUUAAUAAAUGAUUAUGUACAAAUGAAAACAGAAAAAAUUCAAUUGAAAGCUGAACUGGAUGCAGCACUGGCAGCGAAUCAAAAACUUAUUAUUGUGAAAAACAGUUUAGUGACCACAAUUCAAACACUUGGAAAAAUGUCCGAGCCAGUACGUCUGACCAAUGGACCAGUUUUACCGUCAACGUUACAAAUCGAUCCAUCUAGUAUACAACAUCAACAACACACUGCUGAAGUUUCCGACACAAUUAUUGGUUUCUAAAAUAAGCAUUUUAAAAAAAGUUUUUGAUGUUUCCACAGUGCAGUGUGUUUUUUGUGUUCUAUAUACUGCUUUAGUACAAAAACAAACACUAUAAUUUUUUAUUUUAUUUUUUUAUAUGAAAAAUAUUUUUCUCUCAAGUGUACAGCGUGUUUACUAAUAACUUAGAUUACAUCUUACAUUACACUCAUGUAAAAAAUAAUUAGGAAAUUUAGGAAUCUUAUUUCAGUUUUAUAAUUCAUAGACUUAAGAAGUAUUAUUAAAGCUGAUAGAUUAAUCUGUGGGACCACGUUUCGCUUUACCGAUUUUAAUCCAAAAAUUAGACAUUCAAAAAAUUAAGCUGCAGGCUGAAAAUUUACAAUUUUUCUGCAAAUUGAGUUCGAUAUUUUUUAAUAGAUUUGCGAGAAAAAUUUUUUUUGAAAGAACGAGAGGCUAAAUUCGAUUUUCUGACUGACAAAUAAAUUCCGAUUGAAUAAAAGAAACUAACGAAAAUGUAUGAAUUUUUGGAUAUUUAGUUUAAUUUUAAGGAUUUUGCGUCCUCGAGCAAAUUCACUAUUUUAGAAGGUACAAAUUAAACCAUAUUUUUAGUCAAGAACCAAAUUAAAGUUGUUAAUAAUUUGCAGGAAAUGCAAAUGUCAAAGGUAUUGGCUAAUUGAUUGUAUUCUAUAUUGCCACUAAACUUUCUUAAUCACAUAUAAGAAAUCUUAAUCACAUAUAAGUUCAGUGGAUAAUCUAUCAACAUUAGCCUAUCGCACAUCGCGUAUGCUGUCAAUUCACCAUUAACGGCAACUUGUGUAUAUUUAGCUAAUAAGGACGCUUAUGAGGAUUAGAAAGCAAAUUGGCGCGACCGCUGAUUGUUAAACGAAAUAUAUUAUUGUGAUAUUCAUAUGAUAUUCAAAAAAUUUAAUUAUUAGCUUUUUACUUUAACGGUCGACAUUUUACUCACAAGUGCAUUUAUUGGCAUAAUCACAAUCAAUGAAUGAAUUCUUAUGUAUAUGAAAAGCUUGGGAUUUAGCUGGUUUGAAUCGAAUGAGUUGAUUUUUAUCAAAUAUUUAAUACCUGAGGUUUGCUGUUUAGGAUGAAUAGAUUUUCUUCAUUCACAAUAUAAUUUGUCAUUAACACUGAGAAGUACUUUUUCAUUAAAAUUAUCAACAAAGUCGGUUUUCUUGGAUUUCCUCACUUUGAUUCUUAAUUAUGCAUUCAAUUUUUUCGAAUAUCGCACUGUCGCAUAUAAAACAAAACAUAAUCGUGCCUCACUCAAUAUCGUUCAUAUAAGUCUGAUCAUAUCUCACAAAUAGUUACUUCUA